UGCCUUAUUCAGUCUGUUGAUAAGUCUCAUCCAUGACUAUAGUACAACAAAAAGCCUAGUCCAGUUUGUGCUAGGAAGAUAAAACUGCCAUAGUUAAAAUCAACUUCUCUGAGGCACAGUUUCGUAUUACAUUCCAGUUACAUAGAUAUUAUGUUAUAAACUCAUGCAUAACUCUCACCAUAAGAUAGAGUGUGUACAAUCUCCUUGGACUGAGCUGGAUGUCUUUUGGAGUGCUUAAUUGAUUGCUGGUUUAUAUCUCUGGUAAUUUAUAAACUGUACUGCUCAAUGCAGUUUGAGAAAUUUACUCAUGAGAUGCAAGAUGGUUGGGGAUUGGCAACCGAUGGGAAAGUUCUAUUUGGAAGUGAUGGAACUUCAAAACUGUAUCAUCUUGAUCCUCAAACAUUGAAAGUCAUAAGAACAGAAACUGUGAAGUAUAAGGGUCAUGAAGUACACAACCUCAAUGAACUGGAGUACAUAGGUGAUGAAGUUUGGGCAAAUGUUUGGCAGACUGACUGCAUAGCUAGGAUCUCACCUAAAGACGGUGUCGUGCUAGGAUGGGUUCUCCUUCCCAGUUUAAGCUUUUGCAAGAGAGUUGUAUUAACCUAUCAUUUCUUGAUGAUUUUAUAGAGAUGGAUUGAUAGCGGCUGGAAACAGAAACAUCGAUGUCUUAAACGGCAUAGCAUGGGAUAGAGAGAAGAACCGCCUUUUCGUAACUGGAAAACUUUGGCCAAAGCUAUUUGAGAUCAAGCUGCACCCAAUGAGAAAACAAUUUCAUGGAGACAUUAAGGAAAUUUGCAUGUCAAAUCCAGUUCAUUUUGCAAUACCAUAGAUCAGUUGUGCCAGUCAAAUUGCAAAUACGUUAAGCUGCGGCACUGGUUCUGAUGAAUGUUUAUUGAAUACCAUGGCUUUUUUUUUUUUUUUUGUGGUAGCAGAUCUUUAAUAGUGUAGAUAUCAAUCGGCAUAGUGUCAAAGGAAACACAAACUGGAAAACUGUAUUUACCCUUUUUAAGUCAUUUUUGCAGGUCUUGCAUUUCUCAUGCUAUUGCCCUGCCCAAACUUGCAUUUGUAUGUUUGGUGAUGUACUCAUAAUUUGGAUGGAUCGAAUUAAAUUGUCCUCUCUCUCUAUGUGUGCG